AUGAAGUCUCCUGCUGAGAAUCGAGAUCCUAAGCUGUAUUGCCAGUUCCACGAAGAUAUAGGUCAUGAUACCAAGGAUUUUAGAAGCCUGAAGAGGGCCCUAGAUGGCCUGGCUUCCAAGGGGCACCUGAAGAACUAUCCCCAAAGAAGCGCUCACGGCACGGAAAAAAACCAGUACAAGAAAAAUAAGUCACCUGUCUCAGCUGCAGAAGGAAAUCACAGCGAAGGGGGAUUCGUAGCAGUCAUAUUAGGAGGACCAGCUGCUGGAGGACCCACCAUGAGGGGACAGAAAGAUUAUGCCCACCAGCUAGCUCAAGUGAUGUUAUUAGGAAAGUCACCAAUGGACCCAUUCCCCCGGAUAGAAAUAUGUGAAUCAGAUGGAGGACGCGUAGCCACCCUGCAUGACGACCCUCUCGUUGUCGAGAUCAAGAUCUCCAACAUGAGGGUAAAGCGCAUAUUGAUAGGUACAGGAAGUUCAUAUGAUAUAAUGAGCAUGGAGUGUCUAAGCCAUCUAGCACAUGACCCUAAGACAAUUGAAAGAAUCCACUACCCUAUCAUUGGCUUUGGAGGAAGCAUCAUACACCCUGUGGGCGUCAUUACCUUUCCAGUACGAAUAGGAGGACGUAAUGAUGGAAGAAAGAUGGGUGUGGACUUCCUAAUCGUCAAGGACUUGACUGCAUACAAUGUCAUCUUGGGACGUCCUACGCUGAACAAGAUCAAAGUAGUGGUCGUCACCCAUCUCAUGCUCCUGAAGAAUGUAUGUGAUGACGGAGCGAUAGGAACUAUACAUGGAGAUCAACAGCAAGCACAGGACUACUAUCUCACCACUCUUAACCCGUAA